AUGGGGAGGAGAAAGAUCGAGAUACAACCCAUCACAGAUGAGAGGAACAGGGCCGUCACGUUUAUAAAACGGAAGGCCGGUUUGUUCAAGAAGGCGCACGAGCUCGCUGUACUGUGUUCCGUGGACGUCACUGUGCUUAUACUGGGGACUAACAACACUUUCUACGAGUUCUCCUCUGUGGAACCGGAUCAACUGAUUAAUUUAUACCAGAAUGACCACACGCUGCCGCAUGACACGAAGGAUCCAGCGGAUUACGGUCCCAUGUACAGGAAAAAGCAAACCAUUAACCUGAGAAGAGACGGUGCUCGGAAUUCACUCAAUUACUUGCAACAGGAACACAAAUUCAAGAGGACUUUGCCCUCUACAAUAACAAGGUCACACGCGAGAAGGCCGAGCAAAAAUAGUACCAGUUACCGUACAGAUGAGGACGACGACGACGAUGACGACGAUGACGAUGAGAAUGAUGACGAGGUGGAUGGGACACCGCGUGCAACACCAAGACACACACCGGCGAACCGCCAUAAGAGAAGUCGAAGCGCAAUUACACUGGGGAAAUCUGCACAGGAUCAAAUGAACAUGAACAGCUUGCAACAGAGGGUACAGAACCAGUUCAAGACUUUGGGGUCCAUAAACACAUACCCACAGGGGGCCACCCCGAAGAGUAGACACGGGUCUGUCGCUGCACCGAGUCUCAAACAGGAAACAUCGCCACCGUCAUUGCUGGCCGCUGGUGCGGGGAAACAAACACCUAGUUACAACCCGCGGAAGUCGCUUUCAAGACCAGUACUCCGCGUACAGAUCCCUAACAAUUACGCCGUGGGGAACAACAGAUUACCGAGCGAACCGUCCUCGGGCUCAGCAAACGCGUAUGGCAAGGACUCCCCGGAAAGGUACAAAGGUUCCAAUAACAACAAUAACAGCAACAACAACAACAAUAAUAAUAAUAAUGCGGGGAACACGGGGAACACCACCAUAAGUAACUCAUCCAUGGCAGUGGGACAAGACGUGCUUGCCAACAGGGCAUCGCAGCAGCAGAUCAUAAACAGCGACCUCAACUCGAAAAACGGCACUCCGACGUCUAUGGGGCCGCUCACCAUGGAGAAGAACGAGAUGAAUAAGAACAAUUCUCUGAGGGUCCCGUCCUCGGGGAACCAUGCGUUCUCCUUCGGGAGCGGGCUUCCGCCCUUACUGUCUGCUUCUGCGUCCAUGCCACCGUACGUCGCCACACCGCUACAGGGGUCCAACAUGGCCCACAAUAACUUCAACAACUACAAACUGCUAAACGACAGGCUAUCUCACAACGGGGCAAAGAACUUGGCCAAUUCAGACAAUCCAAAGAGCCCGACGGUCGAGGGUAAGACGGGACCCACGCUACACACUCACCACCACCACCACAAUAAUAACAACAACUACAACCAAAACCUGCAGGCGGGACCAAACGUGCAGCAGACAAUGCCCUCAUCUUACAAGUACAUGACACAACCACAGCCGCCGAUGAGGUCCUCCUCACCGUUACACGACGCCUCCUCCUCCAACAACACCAACCCUGCGGGGAUGACCGUAGACACGGGAGCCAGCACGUCAGGGGCCACCAAGUUCAACAGCAACGAUCUGAUGAUCCCGUCCCCGAGCGUCUCGAUAUCGAUGUUCCAAGAUUGGAAUUUCGGGCCGAACAGCGCCACUGCAAAUAACUCAGGAAGAUUCAUGAACAUGCCCUCCGCAUCGAACAACCCGGCAAUGAACGGUUACGAUUCAACAAGCGGGAACACGGGUCUCACACCAUACAUUGGUGUGGGUCAGACCCCCAUUGGCAAUCGGUUCUUCAAUUUCGGUAACGACGUUACUUCGCCGGAUCAAGACAGCAAGACGAGGAGAAACACGGCAGAAACGCACAUGACAUCUGCAUCACCGACAAUAACGUCGAAUAACAGUCAUGUGCCGCAGCGCGAGCUCGGGAAAUCGAGCAAAGACGAACCAUGA